CACAGUUCUGUUCCAGUGACCCUGCUGUCCAGUGUUUCCUGGCAGUGAGCAAUAAGGAAAGUGGACGGCGCCGAAUAAAGAAGAACUGCAGGGACACUGAGAAUCUACUUUAAAAACAUCAAGGACCAGCUGUGAUGAUGGACAAAGCUGCACUGCUGCUGUUUUGUUGCCUGGUCAUGUCUUUAUCAGGCUCCCCACUCUACCCUUCCAUCAGGUUCGGCCAGAGGGACACGUGCAUCCUGAUGACGUCUUCUAUCAGUGACCCAGCAGAGAAGCUGCAGGAUGACACCAGUCCUCCCAGGGAGAGAGCAGAGUUACGCACGGGACGUCACGCUGAUGCCAUCUUUACAAACAGGUACAGGAAAGUUCUGGGUCAAAUCUCAGCCAGGAAGUUCCUGCAGACAAUCAUGGGCAAACGGCUGGGAGAUGAAAGCGAGAGCUACAUGAAGCGUCAGUCGGACAUCUAUGAAGGCACCUACAAAGAAGAUCUCACAUCCAUCCAGAGCAACCACAGAUACAGAGGAGUGCACGGCGAGGUCAUGGGGCCAAGACUGCUGAGCUGAGAACAGAAAGCUGCUGCCAGUGCUCACCACCACCAGUCAUCAUCUCUGCUCCAUUUCCUACACUUCUUCUGAUCCAAUUAUUUGAAAAAUAAAAAACAAUUAUGUCUUUUUUUAUUCAU